GGGCAGCACGGGCCGCACGGGCAGCUCGGGCCGGAGCGGGCCUCAGCGUCCUGCGAGGUGCUCGCCCGGUCCGGACCCUCGCCAUCACCCCCGCCGCCCAAUGUCCCAGGUCGGAUGCCGCCUGAGGAACUUGGGCUUGCUCUGGGUGUUCGUGCUGACAUGCUCCAACAUCCUUCUGACGGUGCGCCUGCUCGGCUCCACGCCGGACUGCGGCACGGCGCCCGGCCUGGCCAAGGCCAAGGCCCGCGUGGCGCACCUGCAGCACCUGCAGCAGCAGGCCAGGAGGGCCGACCAGCCGGAGCAUGGCGGCCAGCAGGCGGAGGACGCGCUGGACCAGCAGUCGCCAAACGCCGAGGACGACCUGGACCCGGACACCAUCUCUGUGGACCCGGCGCUAGGGAGGUGGGACUCGCGGAGGGUGCUCAAGAUGUUCGACUUGGCGCUGGUCGGCGCGCAGUACGCCCAGCUCUCCGCCGAGUACAAGGUCACCCUCGCCACGCAAACCAGCCUGGAGCGUCUCCACUCGCUGGUGCAGGUCGUGCACCACUGGACGGGGCCCUUGUCGGUGGCUCUGUACGCGGCGGGGGACGAGUGGGCUCUGGUGCAGGCCUACGUCCGCUACCUUCGGCGCUGCUACGCACCCGUCCGAGAGCGAGUGGCCUUCCACGCCGCCUUCCCCGCAGACCGCCUGCCCGAGUCGUCACCCGACCAGCUGAUGGAGAUCCUGGGCUCGGAGGCGCACCUGGACUGCUUCCGGCCGGAGCCCAGCCUCAAGGAGCUGAUGCGGCAGCGCAGCCCAGAGUCCAUCCGAUGGCGCAUGCGCCACGGCUACCCGCAGAACCACAUGCGCAACCUGGCGAGGAAGGCCUGCCAGACCGAGUACGUGUUCCUGGUGGACGUGGACGUGGUGCCCAGCAUGGGGCUGGCGCAGGGGCUCAACGACUUCCUGCAGAAGGCCAAGUGCACCGCCCCCAGCGUGGCGCCGGACGCCCCCAAGGCGCCGCCCCCCAUGCUGCCCAAGACGCGCGGCGCGGGCCACCGGCCGCCGCCCCCGCCCCAGUGCGCCUACGUCAUCCCCACGUACGAGCUGGACGAGCGCGUCCGCUUCCCUCGCAACAAGAGCGACCUGGUGCGGCUGGCCGGCAAGGGUCUGGCGCGGCCCUUCCACCACAAGGUAUUCAUCUACAACCAGUACGCGACCAACUUCACCCGCUGGCAGAGCGAGGGCGACGCGGACAACGCGGCCGUGCACGUCGCGUACAACGUGACCAACUUCGAGUUCCUGUACGAGCCGUUCUACGUGGCGAGGGACACGAUGCCGCCCCACGACGAGAGGUUCAUGGGCUACGGGUACACCAGGAACACGCAGGUGUACGAGAUGUUCGUGGCCGGGGUGCAGUUCCAGGUCCUGUCGCCCACGUUCUCGGUGCACUGGGGCCUGCAGAGCAAGCAGGCGCGCCCGGCCUGGAGGGAGCUGCAGAACAACGAGAACCGGCGCCACUUCGACGUGUUCAAGCGGGAGGUGGCUGUGCGGUACCGAAGGGAUCCUUUGAGCAUGGUCCAGCCCAACCGCACUCCCGGAAAGGCCUAGGCCCCUGGGCGUGGGUCUCGGACUUCGUCGGGACAUUCUUUCGAACGACGACGCCGAUCGACGUCAUCAUGGUCCUGGCGUCCUCAUUUGCAGGCGCGGGGACGAGAAAAUGUGUCUACCGCGAUUAUUGUGGCUUGCUUUAAUUGAGCACGUUGCUAGCGGAGUUAGCACAAUGCGUUACGUUGCACUGCUUUGGUGCGAGCUGUGUGCAAGAUGCACUGAUUGUCGGGUCGGGUUGGUGCUGGCAAGCGGGUUGCCUAUGCUCGACUCAGUGGGCGUACUGCAGCGCACUGCCACUGCCAUUGGAAGGCGCUGCAACGCCACUGCCUUUGGAAGGCCGUUGGUCCCCGGUCAGAAGCCUCCCAUCCCACGCCUUUUCGGUACGUCGGCUCAGCAGUUAAUUCCAUGCCUCCACUUGGCCAGAGUAGCAGCCGCUGAGCGCGACUUCCGCAUCUUCCUGCCGCAGUCGGGCAAGUCGGGCCCAGGUAACCUGAGGCAAACCCCUUGCCAGCCACGCUGUGGACUUGCACCCGAUGUAAUCUGCGUUCACCUGUUCAUUUACAGGUCUUGUGAUAUACUGUUAGUAUCUUUCCAAUGCAGGAGUAAGUGUUCGGUGCUAAUGGUUCCUAGAUUGUUUGGCCACCAGUUCCUGUUUUAUUUUUGUGGACUGUCAUCUUUGUUCCAUACUCCUACCAGAGUUCACUGAUGUUCUACUUCACUAGACGUGUUAUGUCAUAGCCAAUGUGGAUUUUCAGAAUGCAGAAGGCCAGAGUUGUAACCAAGAUCUGCAUAUUUUCUUAUUUUUAAUUUUUUUUGAGAACCAAUAUUUUUUGGGUAGUCAAUGUGUUUGUCAAUGUGAUAUAUAAAUAUAUUAGGCUCUGCCACUGAAGGUAUUCUUUUCUGAAAUGACUAGAGAAUAUUACUAGACUAAUCCUGAAUAAUUGAAUGUGCAUUUUGAGACCUACAACUAGAAAGUGUUGAUUGUACUUGCUUACUUAUUGUAGUGAGUAAACAUUGACAAUUUUUAUAAAAUACUAAGUAUGAAUAAAAAUUUGAAUAUUG